GUACGACGGCUGCGGGUGAUUGGCAGAGACCAGAGACCGAGUUCGGUGUAGGCGCAAAAACGAUAAGCUCCAUCAGUGGCUGGCUCCGCUCUGCCUCUCUCUCUCUCUCUCUCUCUCUCUCUCUCUCUCUCUCUCUCUUCCCUGAGCUCUCUGUCACUCCAUGAGUCCAUGUCCAUGCACAGGUAAAGCUGCCGCGUCCUAGAAGAUCCAGGCGAUGGGAUGAGGCCCACUGCGGCAGCAACCGGACCUUCCUUCUUCCUCCCCAGAUGCCAGUCGGUCCCGGCCCCGGCAUCAUCAAGGGCGGCAGGAGUAGCAGCAGCUGCCGAUCCAUGCAAGCCGCCCAACAAGGCGAUCCGGUCAUGGCGAGCCGCGUCGGCAGGCAGCAACGGCGGCGACGAGCGCGGCCAGUCCGUGUCGACGGUGGCGACGACACCGUCGGGAAGGCGGGCCCGGCUGUCGGCGAGGCGGCGGGAGAGCAUCAGGCUCCUGGACGCGCUGCCGGACCAGGGCGGCAUCGGCGAGUUCCUGCGGCACCCCGCCGGCGUGGAGUCCCUGCUCAACACCCGGGCGCUGCAGAGCUUCGCGCCGGUGGAGUCGGAGUCGGACGGCACCUUCAGGUGCACGCUGCACCCCAUGGGCUUCCUCGGCUUCCAGGUCGCACCGGUCCUGGACCUCCGCGUCACCCCGACCCGCGACGACUGCACCGUCGAGAUGCUCUCCUGCAGGUUUGAGGGUUCGGACUCCAUCGAGCAGCAGAAUGAGCUCUUUUCAGCGGUAAUGACGAACCGAAUAACAUGGGGAGACAAUGGUGAUGAGGAGCCAUGCUUGGACAUCGAUGUCAAUCUGGAGGUCACCCUGGAGGUGUACACGAAGCCAUUCAGCUUGCUCCCGCUGUCGGCAGUGGAGAAACCAGGCAACCUGCUGAUGCAAGGGCUGCUUGACAGGCUUGUGCCGAUGCUGGGUGAGCAGCUGCUGAGGGACUACCAUUCCUGGGUUCAGCAGCAGACCCAGUCUUCCUCCUCAUGACUCACUGUGGAAAGUCUGAAACUAACACUAUCUACCUAGCAGAUUCCUGGGCUUCAUGGCCGGGUCGGUUUUCAUCAAAUCCAGCCGGCUGCACCACCAAGGAAGAAUCACGAGGAAAACAAUCAUACAUACACGCAGCGUGGGUUAAUUUGUGGAUGUGGAUUGAUGCUUGCAUGAUACAAACCCACUGUACGUAGAGUAGUACUCCCUCCGUCCCAAAAUAAGUGUCACAACUUUGUACUAGCUCUAGUACAAAGUUGUACUAAGCUUGAGUCACUUAUUUUGGAACGGAGGGAGUAUAAUAGAGUAGAAUUGGCCAGGGAUAGUCUUUCCGAAACAGAGACAAGAAAAUGGGGAUAGAUAUGUUCAACAAUCAUGAUGCAAACCUUCAAGAUCGCUGAUGUGAAGAUGUUAUUCAAUCCCACUGUUUCAGGCAUAUUUUCUGCGACAAUUUUGUAACAUGUUCUGGGAUAUCCUCCCGUAUUAUUCUGAAUUACAUACAAUAUACUCAAAGCAA